ACGCGGGUGGGUCACGUGACCCGGUCUGUCUGGACUAACCACUGAAACUUUUCCUGCUUCGUCCUGCAGUUUCAGAGCGAAACUAUAAACAAACUUAAACAUUGUGUCUGCUGGUUUUGUAUUAGUUUAAGACACGUUUAUUGUAUAUCGUGUAGCUGUUUAGUUUAAUUAGCCGUAAGUUCAUUCUGUUUACUGAAAAUGUGACACUGAGGUGAGGACUCGACAUUUUAGUUGACGGUUUGAGCAGCGGAUGCUUGUCAGUAUCAGGGUUGAUAGACCUGGAGGCUGAGCCAGAGCCAGCUGCCAUGGCUAGCAGCAGCCAAACGAAGAGGAUGCUCCAGGAAGAGACGGAGGCGAAGCGACGAGAUAACACGCUAUCUCGUCUGCGUAGUUCUUCAAUAGAGAUUAAAGAAAAAGGUGCAGAGUUUCUUAAAGAGCAGCUGGAUGCUGCGCAAAAGGAACUAAAACUCAAAGGGGAAGAAUGUGAGAAACUGUCUCUUUUAAGAAACCAGCUUGAGCAGGAACUGGAGGAGCUGACUGCUAGUCUCUUUGAGGAAGCUCACAAGAUGGUGCGGGAGGCAAACGUAAAACAGGCAAAUGCUGAAAAGCAACUGAAUGAGGCUCAGGGCAAGAUUGAUGUGCUGCAGGCAGAGGUGACUGCUCUAAAAACCCUUGUGCUGACCUCCACGCCAUCCACCCCUAAUCGUCAGCUUCACCCCCAGCUUCAGUCCUCAGGCUCUAGAGGACAUGUACGUCACAAGAGUGCCACCCUUUCUGUGCCUCAGCUACAGUCAGAGCCAAACUCUGCAGAUUCACUUUCCAGGCAGAAAGAAAAAGAGCUGGACUCUGUAUUGUUUGCGGAGUUCUUGUGUUGGAGAGAAACUCCCAGUCUUGAUCGAUCCUCUGCCUUCAUGAGCCGGAUCUACAGAGAAGACAUUGAGCCAUGCCUCCUAUUCACUCGCUCUGAACUUUCCCAGUCAGUUCAAAGUGCUGUGGAGAAUAACUCCUUGACUAUUGAGCCUGUAGCCUUGACAACAAUGCCAGUCAAGUCCUCGACUGUUGAGUUUGGAGGGCCCAACGGCAGCAGAACACCGGUAAAGACGAAGUGUGCGCUGAGUGGAAUAUCCCAGCUCUGCCGACAUCGCAUCAAACUGGGAGAUAAAGAGAAUUACUACUACAUCUCUCCCUCAAGCAGAGAUAGGAUAACAGCAGUGUGUAACUUCUUUACCUAUAUCAGAUACAUCCAGCAGGGCCUGGUCAGACAGGAAGCUGAGCAAAUAUUUUGGGAGGUGAUGCGUUUGCGGCGGGAGAUGUCUCUAGCCAAGCUGGGAUUCCACCUGACAGAUGAGAGCUGAAAAACUCCCAAACAUCCUGGCCUUUAUGUAUACACACAGUCCUUGGAUAACAGUGAUAGAUUUAACAUGUAAACACUCCGUUAAUGCAUGAAUGUUCAUUCAUUUAAGAGAGCAGCUUGAAAAUGCUUGAAACGAUAAGCUGGUGUGGUACAUGUGCAAUCAGUAUUAUGUUGAUAUAUUAUUGGUGGUUAGAUGAAGUAGUCAGAAACAUGCACUUCGUCAUUCACUACACUCCUUAAUGCUGUCUGAAACGUUGACAGCAGCAUGGUUCUUUUUGUGCAGCGAAUCCAAAAUGAUAGUUUUGUUAUAGUUUUAAUAUCAAAAUGUAGGUUAAUGGGUUCUCGUUCUCAUUUAAUACAGUCUUGUAGGAAAAAUGUGAAGGGUUCAAAACUGUUUACACACUAUUUAUCUUAUCCUAAAUCUUUCUUCAUUCUUUACAAGUGCAUCUACACUUGCUGUACCAAACUGUACCACAUCUUUAAUGGUACCUAAAAGUAACUGAUCAGUUUAAAAAUGAUUACCUUUUUAAGGGCAGGAGAAUCCAAACCAUGAGCAUAAAGAGUUUACUGCAUUAAAAAAAACUUGAUAGAACAAAAUACAAUCAGCUACUAUUUUUUUGUUAGUGUAAAUGUAUUGAAAGCAAUUUUGACCUGGGUCCUAAGGACUCACUUUAGUAUGUAGUAGUACCAUUUGUUAAAGAAAUGUGUAUGUUAUAUGGAUUUUGAUAUAUUAAUAACAUAGAUUUCAACUUUCAAAUUUGACAAAUACCACAAGAAAUGGAUUCCUAACCAUUUUUUUCUAAACUGUGGUGCACUUAAUCAAAUGGGUUUUGGGUCAGGAUAAUCGCAUUGAGACAGUUUAUUAGGUACACCUGUCUGCUGUAUUAUACAGGUACUGACUGUAGCACACUACAGUUAUUUUCUCACCCCACUUUUUUUCAUUUAUCAAUUGAAAUGGACUCUCCUUAACCAGUUAAAGUUUGGAUUGUGGAUAGUUUUAACACUGCAGUGACAUGGUAAUAACAUGGUAGUUUGUGUUAGUGUGUUUGUUAUAUGAUUGUAUCUGGUGCAGCAGUGUUGUUGGGAUUUUAAAAUACCAUUUAAACUUUCUGGCCUCUCCUUUAUUAGGUACACACCUUGUUAGCACUCUUUGUAGGUGUGCAGAACUUCUGUUUUUUACAUGUUAAUCUUCCUCUGUAAGCUGACAAAGUGUACAGAGCAGAAGGUGGCCUACAGUCGAUUAUUGUAUAAAGUUGUUUGUAUCUUUAUAGCUUCUAAAAUAGUCAUUAAAUGUAGAUAACAGACGUGUACCUAAUAAAGUGCUUGGUGAGUGUAUAUAAGCACUGCAUGAUAUGACAAUCAUAAAUUUAAUCAAGACCAAAUGCACUCUGGUUUAAUAUGGACAUAGCACAUAUUUUUAAAAAUGUGCUUAUUUUUUUAUUGACUUGCAUGCUUUACCUUUUUUUUAGCACCUAACAUACAGUACCUCAAAUACACUAACAAAAAGUUUAAAUAUGAUGCCUAAUACAUUAACACAGUAAUUUUAGGAGAUUUUUGAAUGAUAGAUAAGAAACUCCACCAUGACUUUUAAUUUUUGCAGCAAUGACUUUCCAAAAUACUCCCUAGCCCAUGUGGCUGUGUCCAUUAAGGUAGCAAGACUGUUUGUACAGUGAUUUUUGGAUUUGCCCUUUACACACCAAGAUUUUCCCUGAUCCCUGAAUUUUUUUUAUGAUAUUAUGAAUUGUAGAUGGUAAAAGACCUAUAUUUUUUGCAGCCUCAUGCUAAGAAACUUUGUCUUUUUAGAGAGUGCUCAAUUUUUUUUCUAAAAGAAUGUAAAUGUAAACAACAAAGUUUUCCCUCAUUUUUGCCCAUGCAGGGGAUUGAAUCCCCUUACCAAAGAGCCCCCCCCCCACUAUAUAAAACUGUGCAUGUUA